AACACAUUGAGCUUGUCUCAACGAGCGUCGAGAAAGCCGUGCUCGUCGUUGUGUUGUCGCGUCUCAAGAGUCUUCGCGUGUCUCGUCCUCUUUCUCUCUCAGUGCUUUCCUCUGAACAUGUCCUCUUGGUCUGGUGCUGCUUACCCUCCUCCUCCCCGCGGACGCUCGCGUUCUCGCUCCCCUUAUCGUGGGACAUAUCCUCCAAGACCAAUGUAUCCUGAACCUGGUUAUCCCGAUCCCUACCGUGGUGAUUGGGACGUGUAUGAUAGGGAAAGAGCGUGGGCUAAUUAUGAACGGGAAAGGGCCGCAUAUGAGUACAGUAGGCGAGGAAGAAGUCGGAGCCCCCCGUUGGACGAAGCCAGUAGGAAGCGCCGACGUUCGCUGUCGCCUUGGGAAAGGGAGAGGUUCGAGCCGAGGCCUCGAUAUGGCGACGAUUACGAUGCGCACUCGCGUGGGUACGGGUACGGGUCACCACACCGUGGUCAAUACCCUCCUCCGCCUCCCUAUGGCUCACUGCGGCGAGCGCCCCCUGAUCCCCACACCUUUGAUUAUCCUGCAUCUCUGAAGCAAUACGCGGAAUGGUUCCGCUUCUAUCAUCCUCAGCAGGCAAUAGAGGAGGACAAUGCGGAUAAGGCAGCAGAACAAGAGGCAGGGGACGGCUCCAAGCCCCGCAAUGGUAUUAGGACACGAUGGGAGAAGUACAAGAAGGAGUUUUCCGCGCAGCAGCUUCAACGCAUGUACGACCAUCACCGCAAGUCACCUUGGUUUGCGGAAAAGUACGACCCUGCUCCCGAAUUCGCAGCCAUGCGCGCGAGGGUCAGGAAAACUGGUUGGAGGGGAAGAAUGGAUAAUUUUUUGCUCGAUCUUGAAGCAGGCAAAUUCGAUCCUGACCUGAGCGAACGGGAGCCAGAGGCUGCCUCCCCGACUAAGGAAGUUCCGCCCAGCUCGGAACCUACGGCCAACGGCACUGAAGCAAGCGCGGGCCGAUCCUCCCCUGAGGAGUCAAAGCAAAAUGGUGCAGGUGGUAACGCCGAGGAUGAUAUGCAGUUCAACGUCGAAGCUGAAGAUGAAGGCGGCGACAAUGACGCCAGCAGGACCGACGCGAAUGGCAAGACCUUUGCAGACAACAGGCGCAACAAUCGAGGGGAGGAGAUCGCGGUGCAGCCUGAAGGCAAUCAAGUUAUGAUUCGAACAAUCCCGCCUGACAUUGGUCGUGCGAAGUUGGAAGAGGCUUGUGGUCAAAUCCCUGGCUUUGUGUACCUCGCGCUGGGAGAUCCACUGCAGAAGAGGAACUACUAUCGUGCGGGAUGGCUGAAGUUCACUGACGAUGCGGACAUGUCAACUGUGAUGGCCGAAUUGUCCGACAAGAAGAUCGAAGGCUUCAAAUUGCAUGUCGCGCACAAUACGAAGCCAUUCACGAGCAGGGUACGUUAUGCUCCGGAGGUCGCAAGCAAGCCGGACAGGAUAGCAAAGGACCUCGCCAAUGCAAGAAAACUGGCGUCUCUGCUGGAAGAAGAGUAUGAGACAUUGAGGAAGAUGAAGAUUCCGCCGAAGCAGGAGACAAACGGUGAUGCUUCUGUGAACGGGGAAGCGGAGCAGCCUGAUGUAGGGAUGGGUGAGGCGGCGGUUUCUGAGGAUGAGGAGUCAGAGCCGCGAGAGCGGGGAAGCGAGGCUGUUGAACGGCGGAUUGAAAAAAUCAUGGCUGACCUGAAGGAGCAUGGUCAGGUUGACACUGCCGACGAGAAGGCUUUGGAAGCGAAGAAGGCGGUAGUUUCGCUCGACUUGUAUCUUGCCUACCUUCGUGCUGCGUUCCACACAUGCUAUUACUGCGCAGUUGUUACGGAUCACUUAGAAGAAUUGCAGCGCAAGUGUGUGAAGCAUGUGAGGAAGCCAAUGUCGAAAGCGUUGCUUCAGGAGGUUAAAGCGGCAGAAGAGAAGGCUGAGCAAGAGCAGAGAGCUCAAGCAGAAGGAGAUGAUGAGAAGAAAGAGAAAGAGGUUGCAAUCAAGGAGAAGACCGAGAGCAGGGAUUGGAAGAGGAAUGACGAGCGAUGGCUCGAAUGGCUCGAUUCUAAAAUCGCUCUCCUGAUUGACCGGAACGGCGUCGACCCCCGAGACUAUGGAGGCAAGAGUUAUGAAGAGGAGCUUUCCAAGGCGGCUGAGCCGCACAUGAAGCAGGAGGACGAAGGAAAGUUUAGGUGCAAGACAUGUCAAAAGCUCUUCAAGGCCACUUCGUUCGUAGAGAAACAUAUCGCGAACAAACAUCCCGAGCUGGUAAAGCACUUGGAAGAGAUACCCUACUUCAAUAACUUCGCGCUCGAUCCUCAUCGCAUUCAGCCUUUCGCACAUCCUCCUGCUCCCGUCGGGAAUAGUCAGGCUCCUCCUCCUCAGGCUUAUGGUCUGCAAGGUCCGGCCUAUCCUCCUACUGGUGAAUAUGGCCGGGGUUCGGCUCCAUACUCAGGGUCGUAUGGGGGCUACCCACCACCAUACGCCAACGGUGGAUUCUGGGACCCCUACGGGUAUCCUUAUCUACCAAAUGCUUACCCUCAACCCCCGCCUCCACGCAGAGAUGAGGGUGUAGGGGCGAGGCGCUUAAGCGAGCGUAUUAGUGGCUUCGCCCCUGGAUACGAACAGAACGUGGAAGUGCCUCCUGUUCCGGCUUCGGCCGGCUUGCCUGCUAAGCCAAUGGCGACGUUGGAACCUGGCCCAGGUGGCAGGCGAAGUGGACGAACAAGUGCGGGUGGACCGCCGCCGCCGCCGCCGCCCGACGCCAAGGAGGACCCGAGAGCGGCAGCGGGGAGGAAGAUCAGUUACCACGACAUGGACUUAGUGGCCGAAGGGGACGUUGAGCUGCAGUACUGAGCUAUGUAUCAAUUGUUCACUUCUGGAGUUGCUGGAGUUGCAUUUCAUAACAAUAUUCCUCGUGGCAAACGCAUGUUGAGAUGCGGAAAUGCUGGCGUAUGAUGUAGUUAUUUGAAUAUCACCUGUUUCGAACCGCGUG